AUGAUUAUCAUCCUCUUUUCCUCUAUGAUUUCUUCAGCUGCUACACAAGUUACAUGGUUCGGUGGAUUAGCAAACUCAUUCAAGAGAUCAUAUGCGCUUUUCGAAGACAACUUGGAGAUGAAGAACAUGAAGAAACACCAUAGAAAGCGAUCAAGAAAAUCAUUUGUUCGAGUAAACUCGGCCGUGUCGACUCGACUCAAUAAGUUGGGUCAAGAUCGGGGGAAUUGGUUUGUGGUGCCUCGAUGGAUGAAGGAAAUUAUGGUGAAGAAGAAAUAG